CUGCACUUUUGAUGAGUCAUGAGGUUUGACACAAAGGUGUCCAAGUUUGUCUGAGGCUGAGGGUCACUAUAAAAAGGGCUCAGUUGUUGGCAUGGUUGCAACAACCACAAGCAUCACCAUGGGCAGGAUCAUUUUCUUCGAGGAGAAGAACUUCCAGGGUCGCUCUUAUGAGUGCAGCAGCGACUGCUCCGACAUCCACCUGCACCUCAGCCGCUGCAGCUCCUGCCGGGUGGAGAACGGCUGCUUCGUCCUGUACGACCGCUCCAACUUCAUUGGCAACCAGGUUUUCCUGAGGAGGGGCGAGUACUCCGACUUGAUGCGUGUCGGGAGCAUGACUGGAGUUGGGGCGGCGAUGAUGGACACUGUUCGUUCUUGCCGUCUGAUCCCCAUGCACAGGGGACAGUUCCGGGUGAAGAUCUACGAACUAGAGAAUUUCGGGGGCCAGAUGCAGGAGCUGCUGGAGGACUGCGAGUCCCUCCAGGACCGCCUGUACAUGUCCGACUGCCAGUCCUGCAACGUGCUGGAGGGCCACUGGCUGCUGUUUGAGCAGCCCAACUUCCGAGGACGCGUGAUCUACGUGAAGCCCGGGGAGCACAGGAGCCUGCGGGAAAGCAGCCUGAGCAGCGUUAUGAAGAUCAGCUCCAUCAAACGUAUCAUGGAUGUGUGCUGAUUACCAUUUGUGCAAAAAUAAUACAAAAAACUAAAACUCAUGAA